AUGAUGGGUGGAUUACAAUUAUUUCUUGUUUCUCUGUUAGUCGUUUCGACAUCUGCUAGCCAUAUUUGUCUGGAAACUUCAUGCUCUUCAUUCAACGUUGAAGCCGAUAUCGUUUUGGUUGUGGAUGCAUCGAAUGCCUAUGAUCAGGCUACCUUUGAACAAAUCCGCACAUUCCUUCUCAACUUCGUCAGCUCUCUCACCGUCACUCCAUUGGACAGUCAAAUCGCUCUCUAUGCUUAUGGAAGUUCCGCUCAAACUGUUGCUUCUUUAACUGAUGGAUCUUCUCUUGCAUCCAUUCAGACAAAGAUCAAUAACACAUUGAAAUAUCAAGGAUCUUCUGAGAGAAACUUGUUCCAAGCGUUGUCUAAAGUUCAAGCUGAAGUCAGUUCAAUGUCUGGAUUGAGAAGCUCUGACUACAAGAAGGUGUUGGUUGUUCUUUCAGGAGACUCAUGGACCGGAAACACCGUCAUCGGAAGCUCAAUGCUCACUCAACUCAAGCAGAAAUUCAAUGUGAUUCUAUCAGUUGGAUUCGGAUCGAAGGCUCUUGCCAACUUGAACUCUCAGCUUCCACAGUUGACAACUGCUUCAAUGAACACCUUCUUUGCAGCUACUCCAGAUCAAUUGACUUAUGUUUCUGCAUGGUUGGCCACUCUAUCUUGCCCGAAUGUCCAAUUCUCGACAGUCUCCCCAGCUCCAACAACCGUCCCAACCCAAUCUCCAUCUGUUUCCUGUCCUUUGGCUACUCUUUCGUACGACGUCUAUUUGAUUGUUGAUGUUUCCAACAAAGCUUCAUCAGCUGACUUUGCUGCCAUGAAGACUGCUAUUCAUAACUUCGUUGCUCCAUUUGCUUUCGGUAGCUUGGGAGCCAACUUUGCUUUGGUUGCAACUGGAAUCGAUUCUCAACUUUUCUUCACUAAUUUCCAUAAUGGACAAUCUAGAUACGAUGUCCUUUCUGCCAUCGAUACACUUCUUCAAGACGAUCAACCAGGACAAACUCUGAACUUGGCGCUUAGUGCAAUCCAAGGAUAUCUUUCCCAACCAACUACAGCUUCCAAAAAGGUUCUCGCGUACUUUACAAGCACAACUGCUUGGGAUGUCAGUCCAAUUGCCACGAUGACAGCAUUGAAAUCGAAGUAUGGAUUGAGUCCAAUGGCUGUUCAGUGGAGUGCAUCUGCUGGUACAUCGGAUUUGACCAACUUGGUAGGAGGAGCCAGUUGUGUCAAUGUGGUUUCUAACAAGGCGGCGACUGCCACGUGGCUUCAGAACAAGAUGUGUUCGAAGGUGUUCUGUUAA